UAGAAAAGAAAAAUCAGCUAAGGCCUUUUGACCUGGUUGACAAUAUAGGAGCUUCUGAUUUUAACUCCUUCAGCCUGAUUCCUCUAAAAAUGAAAUACACAAGUUGUGCCUUAGUUCUGCUGCUCUGCAUCGUUUUGGAUUCUUCAAGCUGUUAUGACCAAGACAUAAUUUUUAGAGAAAUAGACAGCCUAAAGGACUAUUUUAAUGCAAGCGGUUCAUAUGUAGCAGAUAAAAAGCCUCUUUUCAAAGAUAUUUGGAAGAACUGGAAAGAGGAGAGUGAUAAGAAAGUAAUUCUGAGCCAAAUUAUCUCCUUCUACUUCAAAAUCUUUGACAACUUAAAGGACAACCAGAUCAUCCAAAAAAGCAUGGACACCAUUAAGGAAGAAUUAUUCAUUAGGUUCUUCAACAGCAGCACCAACAAACUGAAUGACUUCAAAAACGUGAUUCAACUUCCGGUAAAUGAUGUGCAGAUCCAACGCAAAGCGAUGUCUGAACUCACCAGACUGAUGACUGAUCUGUUACCAAGAUCUACCCAAAGGAAGCGAAAAAGAAGUCGGUGUUGUUUUGGGCUUACAAGCCGUACAAAUAAGGGUCAUCCCGCCAGCAGCUUUUGAAAAAUUUAAGUCUAAAUCUAUUUAUUAAUAUUUAAAAUUAUUUAUAUGGAAAACAUAUUUGUAGUUUCGUUAACUACAGAAGUAUUUAUAAUUGCAACUAUUAUGUAAUGAAAAUGCAUAUCUAUUAUUAUAUGUAUUAUUUAUAGUUCCUGUACCCUGUAAUGAUUUCAUUUGAUGCUUUAUCCUCUUUGACUAAUUAGCCAAGAUAAUGAGGCUUUGUCUUAAGGGCCAAUAAACAGCUGACCUAAGCCA